AUGAACUCCCCACCAACAUGGAGCUGAAAGGCUACAACCUUUGACCCACACCAACUUUGAACCCCCCACCAACGUGUACCUCAAAGGAUACCCCACGCUGAACACCCCACCAACGUGUACCUCAAACGCCAAGGCUGACCCACCCCACAGACUACAGUUCAGUAGAUGAAAGCCUAACUAUUUACACACAAACCCUCUUCUUCCUUCCCACCUGUAGAUGAAACCCAGCCAAGAAUUUCAGUCACUUCCAACCUCUGUCUGUUUCUCUAUACAAAAAACUCUUCAACUUCUAAGAAAACAACGGUUUUCACUCCGACUCGGUGAUUAUUUGAAGACAUAAAUGCAGGAGCUUAAAAGGUUUCAACGUUUAGUAUUUUGGGCUUCAAUGCAGCCACUUCCAACCAAUUAUACAAUGCAGUUAACACCAGGUAAAUGCCACCUGAUUUAUGAAAUUGAAGAGUUAGUUUCAUUUAAUGUUUGCUUGCUUUGCAUGUUGUAAAAAUCUAUUCUUUUAUAUAUAUCUCCGUCUCCUUGUGCCUCAAAAGUUAUGCCACUGUAAUUUCUCACAAUUCAUUUCAGAGGGAGAGAGGUAUGUUUACUUUCUUAAUUUUAUGUUCCUCUUAAAUAGUUCGUUUAUUAAUUUAUUUUUUGAAUCCCAAAAUACUAUUUUCGUUGUUAUGCCACUAUAAUCUUACAUCUCAUUUCACAUUCGUUGUUAAUUUCAUGUUUCUUUUCUUCAAUAGUUUGUUUAUUGAUUUGUUGUUUAUUUAGUUUAGCCAUCUUUGAAAACUAUUUAUAAUUCAAUAGUUGUUGUUAACCCACAGAAACAAUAUUGAUAUAAAACAAAACAAAGGAAAUAUUUAGAAUGAAUUUCAAAUUCCUUUUCAAAAACCACGAGGUUCCUUAACAGUUUUGAGUAGAGGAAUUUAUUGGGGGAAAUGGAGGCUGCAAGGCUUGCGCGCCAAAGAAGGUGUAUGAUCAUGUACAAGAAAAGGAUGGCCAAGAUGUAUUCCGCAAACAUAGUGUCAUCAAAGAAAUUUGGAGGUUGGAGGUGGAAGCCAUAGGAGUAAAAAGCAUAAAGACAUAGCAAUGAUCCAUGAAACAGAUAGUUGUAAGCGAGCAAGACUUAACAGGCGAAUGGUACUUAACCUUAACCUUAACCGUCCUUGGGAAAGUAUUUCAAAUGCUCAAUGUUUGCAGCGAUCAACCCCUUCACUUAUAAAUGGUUUUUCUCACUCAGUUGUUGUCUUAAUGGUGAUGUUGCUACUACAACUACUGUGCAAGAAUUUGGGAUACAUCUGCCUACAAAUGCUAGUGCCUUGGAUAAGAGCUUACAGGUUUUGCCUUCUAAGUGUGUGUCUAAUCCCAAUAACAUUUCAUCAACGGAUUUGGAUCAGUUCAAUCAAACACUAUAUAAUUUGAUGGAGAGCCUUGUCACACAGGCGUUCGGUUCCUCUAGUAUAAAGUACUUUGCAGCUGGGGACAAAAGCUUCAGUAGCUCAAGAAACGCAAACGUGUAUGGACUUGUGCAGUGCACCCCAGAUUUAUCCCAGAUGGAUUGCAGAAGUUGCUUAGAAGGCGCAGUAGCAGAUAUUUCAAGCUGUUCUGGUGGGAAGGAAGGGGGAAGAGUUCUUAAACCUAGCUGUAUUGCUUGGUUCGAGGUGUUUCAGUUUUAUCAUUCAACUUCUGUCCCUUCUUCUCCCACAACACCAGUGAUCCCUCCAACCUCGGAUAAUUCUUCUCCCACAAAAACAAGAAGAGAGAACAGUAGCACAUCCUGCCUUAUUGUUUUCGUUGUUGUUCCAAUUGUCGGCUUAAUGACAAUAAUCACGCUUGCUCGGGCAAUUCUGCCGAAGAAGAAGUCAAAGCAAAAUGUUGAUAAUGAUGAUGUUAUGAAAAGGCUGGAAGCACUGAAAUUCAACUUCAGCACAAUAAAAGCAGCAACAAAUAACUUUUCUAAUGCCAAUAAGCUUGGAGAGGGCGGAUUUGGUUCAGUAUACAAGGCUAGACUUCCAAAUGGACAAGAAUUCGCUGUGAAGAGACUAUGUCACAAGACUGAGCAUACUGAAGAGCAAUUCGAGAAUGAGAUCCUGUUGGUGGCUAAGCUCCAACAUAAGUGUCUAGUUAGCCUUCAAGGUUUUUGCUCCGAAGGAAGGGAAAGAAUCCUUAUUUAUGAGUUAGUUGGCAAUGGAAGCCUGGAUCAAUUUAUAUAUGAUCCCAUCAAGCGUGCCCAGUUGAAUUGGGAAAGGCGUUAUAAUAUCAUUUAUGGCAUUGCUCGGGGAAUUCUUUACCUUCAUGAAGAUUCUCGCCUUAAGAUUAUACAUCGAGAUCUCAAACCAAGUAAUAUCUUGUUAGAUGAAGAGAUGAAUCCUAAAAUUUCAGACUUUGGCCUGGCAAGGCUAUUUGAUGCGGGUCAGAGUCAAGACAAGACAUGUAGACGUGUGGGGACAUAUGGAUAUAUGGCUCCAGAAUAUAUAUCACAUGGGCAUUACUCAGUGAAGUCAGAUGUCUUUAGUUUUGGUAUCUUAGUUCUAGAGAUUGUGAGUGGUAAGAAGAACAGUUGGCUUUGCAAUACUGAUGAUGUAGAGCUCCUUCUAAGCUAUGCAUGGACUAAUUGGAGAGAAGGGACAGCUUCAAAUCUGAUAGACCAGACACUUGGGGACAGUUCAAGGAGUGAAAUAAUGAGAUGCAUUCAUAUUGGGUUAUUAUGCGUUCAAGAAAAUGUAGCAUACCGACCCACCAUGGCAUCAGUAGUUCAAAUGCUCAGUAGCCACUGCUCAAGCCUCCCAACACCUGCACGACCUGCAUUUCUUAUAUAUAGUGACAUAGAGCGAGACAUUACUUUGCUAGCAUCUACUUCAGGGGCUUCUGAGUCUGAACAAUCCAAGGAUAGAGAUGGGACAUCGUACCUUUUGGUUCACUGAAACAUCGUGUGAGUUGUAUCCUAAACAAUAGACAAGGAAAGGAUUUACUGAUUUAGUACUGCAAAGAGGCAUUAAAUUCGUAACAUGUAAAAUUAAUUUGAUUAAAACAU